UAUUAUUAAUAUUACAAUUAAUGCUAGAAUAUAUUACGGUCUAGCAUUAAUUUGCCUAAUUGUGUAUUUUUUUUAUAUCCCGCAACUGUUAUUGCUUAAGACUGCUGAACAAGAUGCCAACACUUGCCAUCGAAGUGGGAGUAACCCCUUAGGCUUUGAUGUGUCUGAAUGUCAGCCUCAAACUUCCAGUCCCAUUUCCUACACUGCAGACAAAACAAUGAAAAUGCCAGACCCACCGGAGUAUGUGGUGUAUACAGAUUCAGAACUGGACAUGGUGCGCAGUCAGUACUUUGCAUUGCUUCACAGUGGAAAGGAAAAGGACUGUAAGAUGUCGAAGGAGCUCUGUUGCAGACUUAUAAGGAGCACAGUCACCAGCAUGGUUGCAAUCCUCCAUGCUAGUCCCAUGAGUAAAGAAGUAAGACACCCCUCCAAACUUGAAAUGAGAGCAAUGUCACAGAAGAUUGUCAACUAUUACCCCAUGUUACGUGAUGCUGACACACACAUGCCAUAUCUGACCAUCUACACCAAACUGUACAAACGACUCCAAAAUAUGAAGUGUCCAAGGAGGAAGCAGGGCUCCAUGCUGCAGCGAGGCAGGCCCAGGAAGAUUAUUUUCAGCUCAGACGACACAGGCAAUGGGACUGAAGGGGACCUAAGUGGCGAAGCAAGUGGUUCAAGUGACUAUACCAUACUUGACCUCAGCAAGGACAACUCAAAUGCAGAGAAAGCAUCAAAAUUCCAGCUACACUCUACUGUACCAACACAGUCAAACAAUAAUACCCAGGCUUCACCACUGUUAUCUAAGUCAGCCUCAUGCUCUGCACCCAGGGCUGCUAUAGGUCCACCAACUCCAGAUGACGAUGUUGCAGACCAUGACAGCCUGAAGAUGCAGGCAAGACAUUACAAAACCUUGAGCAACAUGUACAGGAAACCCAAUGCAAAACCCAACCAAAGUGACGUUGCUCAAAUUUUGGACUGGAGUUUGAGGCCACACGAGCUUUUAUUGAUGCAGAUGUUACAAGGGAAGAAGACAGGCCCACAAACAUAUUUGAAGCAUACCUGUGCUUCAAAGACAUAGGAAAUGCGAUGGAUGAACUGCAUCGCAUCGUUGGUGGUUCCAACUGCAAAUACAUAGAUCACAUGGAGGGUCGAUGGGCAGAGUUUUGAUUGAAGGUGCAGUUCUUUGGCAUUUAGAAGAAGGUCCUGAAACCUCCUCUCCCCUUGGAGGUAAGUGGCCUUUUCAUACAUUAAAUCCAUCAGAUAUGUUCAGAUUACUUUAUUAAGAUACUUUUCUCUGUCCACGGUGGAGUUUACUGUCACUCUCUUCAAUGCACUUCCAUCUCUUUUUCCUUCACCAACUACACCACCGAAGUGCCAGUGAGGCUCUCCUUCAUAUCCUCAAGGUGAGAACAGCUGCAAUACCAGCCACUGUAACUUGUACUCCAUUUACUUGUAUUAUUAUUAUUAUUAUAUUAUUAUUUUGCUUUUCAUGCUUAAUA